CCGAUUUUUCUCUAGGAUAUUUCAACUGCAAUUUCACGGAAGGUGCCUUAACCCCUCCUAUAUUAUAUGACUACUUGGUGUGAACUAGUACACCUCUCUCUCUCUCUCUCUCUCUCUCCAAUGGAAAUUAGUGGAAGCAGGUCCUUCACCUUAAGUUUAGCCUUUCUUCUUCUUAGCUUCUGCAGUGGAACUUGUAACGCUAAGGACGACACCAGUGCCAAGUCCUGUACUUCAUCCUGCGGCCAUGUCCACAACAUAAGCUAUCCUUUUCGACUGAACGAUGAUCCAAAAUAUUGUGGCGACGUAAGGUAUACUCUGUCCUGUGAGAGCAACAUUACAGUACUAUACCUACCUUCGUCCGGAAAAUACUACGUCCAGGCAAUCAACUACAACGACAAAACAAUCCGACUUCUAGAUCCUGGCCUUGUGAACACCAAUUGCUCUUCCAUGCCUCGAAAUUUUCCGCACAAUACUUUAAAUUAUUAUGAACAUUAUUCACGAGGGAAUUUAACAUCUAUAUAUUACUUGAAAUGUUCGAAUCCAUUGAAUUCUUCUCUGUACGUGGACACUGCUCCAUGCUUGAAUAAUACAAGUUCUACUUCUUCGAGCCAACCAAAAACGUAUAGCUACGUCAUGGUCGGGGAGUACAUGGAAGUAUGGGAAUUGGAUGAGGGUUGCAGUGCAGAGGGGAGGGCUUGGAUGAAUUUGGGUCACUUUGACUACUCCGUUAAGGACUACAGCAACGUCUCUUAUAAAGACAUACACAAUGCUCUCGUGUAUGGCUUUGAGCUUCAUUUCUGGCCUGGAAUACGCUGCCAAGGCUGGAAUUAUGGGUCAUCAUGUUUUCCAGACACCAUUCCAGGUUUCUUUCAAUAUAUAUGGAACCUAAUCGAAUAUCUUUGGGACCUAAUCGAAUAUAAAUGGGACCAAAUCCGUCAUGGACGCAUCUCAUUGUCUGGCAAGUUGGAAGAAAUAGAAAUCAUACGUGGAUGGUUUAUACUCAUAUGCAUCGGGUUAUUUUUCCUAGCCAGAUUUGUUUUUGGAGUUCUAGUUGUGACUGCAUUUUUAAUCUACACAUGGCGCAGAAGACAUUUAUCAAUGCAUGGCACAAUAGAAGAUUUUCUGCAAUGCAAUAACAACUUCAUGCUUAUAAGGUACUCUUACUCGGACAUCAAGAAAAUGACUCGCAAGUUUAAGGACAGGUUGGGCAAAGGUGGCUUUGGCUCUGUAUUUAAAGGAAAGCUACGUAGUGGCCGAUUUGUAGCAGUUAAAGUUUUGGGCAAGCCCAAAGCUGAUGACCAAGAUUUCAUUAGCGAAAUAGCUACAAUCGGAAGGAUUCACCAUGCCAAUGUGGUGCAACUUGUUGGAUAUUGUGUUGAGGGAUCAAAGCGUGCUCUAGUAUAUGACUUCAUGCCUAAUGGUUCUCUUGAUAAAUACAUUUAUUCUAAAGAAGGAAGUCUUCCUUUAACUAUCAAGACUAUGUACGAGAUUUCUCUUGGAGUGGCUCAAGGGAUCGAAUAUCUACAUCAAGGUUGCGAAAUGCAAAUUCUACAUUUCGACAUCAAACCUCAUAACAUCCUUCUUGAUGAGAACUUUAAAGCAAAGAUUUCUGACUUUGGGCUUGCAAAACUGUAUCCUGUAGAUAAUAGCAUUGUCUCUUUGACGGCAGCACGGGGUACAAUGGGAUAUAUUGCUCCCGAGUUGUUCUACAAAAAUAUUGGAGGUGUCUCAUACAAGGCCGAUGUCUAUAGUUUUGGAAUGUUGUUGAUGGAAAUGGCAAGCAGAAGGAAGAAUUUGAAUGCAAUGGUAGAGCAUUCAAGCCAAAUCUACUUCCCGUUGUGGGUAUACGAUCAGUAUAUUGUGGGAAAUGACUUGGAAAUGAACAAUAUUACUGAGGAGGAAAAGAAAGUAAUAAGAAAGAUGGUUAUAACAGCCUUAUGGUGUAUUCAAAUGAAACCAAGUGAUCGUCCUUCGAUGUCCAAAGUUGUCGAAAUGCUUGGAGGAGAUGUUGAAUGUCUGCAGAUGCCUCUCAAGCCUUCUCUAUGCCCACAAGAAGCGCCUGUGACUGCGGGUGAUAUUCAAGACAAUGAAUUGAACCCAAUAUGUUCUAACGCGGAACUAACGUGUUCAUUGUCAGCUAGGUGAUAGUCAAAUUGUUAAGGAAGUGCAGUAAUGUAUUAUUAAUUAAAUUUUUGCUUUAAAGUGAUUUGGUGAAUAACUGCCGUUUGUAAUUGUUUGGCUUGGAUUCAUCUCAGAAUUGACUUGUGUUGGUGCGUAUAUAUAUACAUGUUACUUUAAUUCAA